AUGAAUUCUCCGGGUUUGUGAACAUAUACUCGUAGCAAAGUUUAUAUUUCUCCCAUUCUCAGGUAUUUACACCAACGAACAGGAGAACGAUAUCGUCCCCGACGCAAAUGACGAUGUGGCCCCAAAGUAAGCGUGAUGAAAAUUGAAACAUUCAAAUAUUCAACGUUUUUUCAGCGACAGUAUCGGGAGAAAUCCCUUGAAUGAAAUUCCGCAGCACGCUACACCGAAACGUGCGGGAAAAGAAGUGAUGGACACCGAUUCGCCAACUCCUCGUGCUUCUUCCCGAAAACUGUACAGAGAUUUGUUCCCACAUCCUUCAAAUUCGGCUCGAGCGACUCCGGCGGGCACUUCUUCGUCCGAAGGCUCAUCUUUCUCGAAUCCGGCGCUGAAACGGGUGUCCGCAUCUCUGAUUCCGCGAGCAUCGCUAAGAGGGCUGGCAGAUCGGACCUCUCCUCGUUCGGCUUCGGCGUAUUUUGCGAGACGACCUCUCUACUCGACUGAGUCGGAAAUUCCAGCAACUUCUGGCACGUCUAAUUCGUCGAUUGCCGGUUCUUCAUUGGUCAGAGCUGUGGCGGCUCCAAUUCAGACUCCAGCUCUGUCGGGAUCGGACACAGAUGACGAAGAGAUUCCUGAUCUGGUGGCCAUCGACACGACACCAGUCGGCGCGGUUGCUCGGAAUCCAAUUCCAGCUUCCCCAAUCCCAGUUGUAGCAUUGGCCGCUCUGGCAAAAGAACAGCACAGAAGAGUUCUUGACAUGGAAUUCUACGACAACGAGUAUCCGACCCGUAAGUUUGUGCUCACUUUAAUGUCUCUGUAAAGAGGGCAAAAUUGCAGACACGUUCACUCCGGUCGAACGGAAAUACUUCAAAUUGAACGAUUCCGAUUCGAGGGCUGAGGUAAAGACGGCCAUUUUUGAGCCGGAGAUCGAGAACAAUUGCUCGAUUUGCUUUCAAUCGGCAGAUUUGGAGGGAGUCGAAGAACUCUUCAGUUGCCAGGGAUGUAUAAACGGAUGCCAGAAGCUGCCAUGCAAAACUAAGUACCAUCUGAGCUGCAUUCUCGUAAGUGUUUGUUGCUGCAAAUACCUGUAUUUUUUCUAUGGGAAAGACGAGACAUUUGCAUCAAUGAACAGAAUUUUUCACAUGCAGAAAAAACAUUUGCAGAAGUACAACUCAGGUCACUAUAACUUUCAAUACGCCGCCCGUCCCGAAUGCCAGGACAAGCUCCUGUGUCCACUUCACUGUUGCGCGUACUGCGACAAUAAGAGCAUGAAGCAAACGGCUUACAUGGGCGGAAAACUGACCGAGUGUGCCCUGUGCCUCCGCUCAUUCCACACCAACACGUGCCUGCCAGCCGGAAUGAAGUCGUUCGAAGUGACGUUCACAGUGAACGGGGCCAAACACAGGACCGAGAUGAUGAUCUGUCCGAAGCACGUCACCGAGGCAAAGCCGAUCAGGAAGCACAUCGACAGGUGCUUCGACUGCGCUAAGACGAAAGAUCUGAUCAGGUGCAGAACGUGCAUUCGCUCAUUUCAUCGCGAAUGCGUCAGCAAGUACGUGCAGACUGUGGACAGACGGCCGGCUUGUGCUGAUCAGUGUGUCUCGUGCAUGUGCCAAGAUCCGAUGAAGGUCGGUACGCCGGUGCUCGUUCUGUGGACAGAAGCCAAGUGAGUGGAUUGUAAAGAACGCAGCUCAAAACGUCCUCCUUAUUUCAGCCGAUCAAGCUUCCACUUGGCGCACAUCCGUGAUUGGUACAUGUACCCGAACAAGGACAGGUGCAGCAACCGGAACUUCAAUAGAAUCGGAUACUGCGUCGUGCAGUGGGUAUACGAGAAACCAAAGGACCAGUUUUCGCUUGUCGCCGUCGGAAAUGUGACUGAUCUCGAAAUGACGUACCUGCCGCUUGCUGGAGCGAAUGUCUCGCUGUGGAAAAAGACGUUGAAUAGCUACGACGCGUGGGAGAACAUGCCUACAAUUUACAAGAAAGUCAAAAAAGAAAUAUCGGUAAGCAGCUCUCAUCAAAAGCCUCUGAAAUGCUGUGGCAGUUUACACUUUUUGCGAAAGAAUUUUGCACCCAGUGCCUCCCACGAACCUUGCCCUGUUAAGUAUUCAUAUUUUCAGUCGUGCAAGUACACCCAGAGGCCGCUUAAGCAGGGCACAUUCCACGAGACGGAGCCGUGCAAAUGCGUCGGAGAUGCACGGUGCACGACAGCGGAAUGUCCGUACUUUUUGGAGAGUUUCGAAUGCCCGGCGGCGUGCAACAAGAAAGGACCUUGUCAGAAUCGGAAGAUCUCCGCGAAGCACGUCAAUCCGAAGAUGGAACUUCGGAAAGCGGGCCUGAAAGGCUACGGCGUCUUCGCGACGGGCCACAUCAAGGAGGGCGAGUUCCUCGUCGAAUACGCCGGCGAAAUCAUCAACCGCGAGGAGAAAGAUCGUCGUACAAAAGUUGCCGACACUGCCAAAGAUCGGCAGGUAAGUCGUUGGUGUCCGGGAGUGCUUUUCGUAAUAUUAUCGAGACAUUUCACUGUAAAUGCGCUCUGUCGUGUCAUUCGGUAGUGAUCUCGAGAAGAUAAACAUUUUUCGAGUGAAAGAACUCGAAUUCGGAAAUGAAAUAUUUCCUCAACAAAUCGUGUUCGCUUCCUGAGCACGUCUCCGGUGACCGGAGUCCGGUCUUUAUUUCGCUGUAGACCGCAUCCUUAUCACUGUCACUUUUCAGGCGAACCGCUACAUGAUGGAGAGCGGUGAGGGGAUGACGAUCGACGCGAGCGUGUACGGAAAUAUCGCACGCUAUAUCAAUCAUAGCUGCGAUCCGAACUCCGGCUCAUUCCAGACGAAGAUCCACAUAAAGACGCUACAAGGAAGCGAGAGCGUCUACGAAACUCGGAUAUUUGUGAAGACGAUCCGAGCCAUCGAGCCGGACGAGGAAAUAACAUUCGACUAUAUGAUGGACAAUACGGAGGGAACGAAGUGCAGGUGCGGAGCAGAAUGCUGUUCUGGAGUUUUGAAAGGUACUGUGGAAGGAAAUGUGGAAGAGAUGGAAGAAGAAGAAGAAGAAGAAGAGGAUGAAGACGACCCACAGCCGGGACCAAGCAAGAAGUCGAAGCGUUCAGACAAGAAGAAUUUGAAAAGAAAAUUCAAAACAGUACGUUUUUGCCACGAUUAUCUAUUCCCUCAAACUAAUAUCGAUAUUUUCAGAGCUCCGCCGAUACAGACACGAGCUCACCGCCCGCCAAACGAACCGCUCCUCCAAAAACACGUCGCUCGACCGCAGUGCUUCCGGAGGACGAAAGCGAUUCGUCGAGUCAGACGGAGGAGGCGAGACCCGAAUUGUCCCUGGUGUCCUCGCAAAAAGCGGACCAGUUCCAGCCGCCGCCACAUCAACUUCAGAGCAGCCGUCGUUCCGUUUACUCGCGGAUCAACGAUGAGAUAGAGACUCGAUCGAAGACGAGAGCCGAACAGGCGCGAAAAGAAGAGGAAGCUCUGCGACUGGCUCUGCCGAAGAAGAGAGGACCGCCGAAGAAAGUGAAGAAGGAGCCGCAGCCUUCCACUUCAACUGCUCCUAAUCUGGCGGAUUCUUCGGCCGAAGAAGGCCCAUCGGUUCCCUCGACCUCUAGAACGGCGACUCCGCGCGGAAGUGAACAACUGCAGUCGUCGACCGAUAGGCCGACGCGUCGAAGUGGACGGCCCCACAAGCCGAACGUACUGUUUCCGUUAAGAACAUGCCCAACCUCCCCUAGAAAAAGUUUCAGGAUUGA